AUGGAGCAGGGCAGUGGGGUGGGCAGCAUGCUGGGCACUGGGGGGGCUGGUGGCACCAGCCCCCCUGAAGCAGAGGGCAGUGCAGCCCCACAUGCAGCAGCUGUGGAGGGGACAGUGCCGGCUGCCACUGCUGCAGAGGAUGGAGGGAAGGAUGAGCCAGGGCAGAAGAAGGCUCUGACUGCUGGCAUGGCUCAGGAUGGGGGACAGGCAGAGCCAGGGAAGGAGAAGGCAGAACCAGUGAGAAUGACAGCCCUGACUGCUCCAGAGCCCCAAGAUGGAGGGAAGGAGAAUGCUCCAGCUGCAGGAGAGCCCAAAGGAGGGAAGGAUGAGCCUGUGGAGGUGCAAGAUCCAGCUGCUACUGAGGCUCAGGGUGGAGGGAAGGAAGAGUCCAUGGAGGAGAAGGGUCCAGCUGUGGGAGAACCUGAAGGAGAGAAGGCAAAGUCCAUCAUGGAAGGGAAGGGCCCAGCUGCUGCCAAGGCUCAGGAUGGAGGGAAAGAUGAGCCCACAAAGGGGAAAACCCCUGGUGGGUCCAAGAUGGAGAGCAGUGGGAAAGCAGAGCCCAUGGAGGAGAAAGCUCCAGCUGCAGAAGAGGCUGAAGGACAGAAGGCAAAACCCACCAAGGGGACAGCCUUGGCUGCAGCACAGGCUCAGGAUGGAGGCAAAGAAGAGCCUGCAAAGGAGAAACUCACAGUACCUGCCAAGGAGAAGGGCCCGGCGGCUGCGAAGGCUCAGGAUGGAGAGAAGAAAGCUGCAAAGGCAGAGAAAACCUCAGCUGAUACAAAACCUGCAAAGGAGAAGGCUCCAGCUCCAGUAAAGGCUCAGGAUGGAGGUAAUAAAGUGGCAAAGGCAGAAAAAGCCCCAGCUGCAAAAAAACCUCAAGGGAGAGGCAAAGUGGAGCCUGCAACGGAGAAACCUGCAGCUCCCCCAAAGGAGAAACCUGCAGCUCCCCCAAAGGAGAAGGCCCCGGCAGUUGCAAAGGCUCAGGAUGGAGGGAAGGCAGUGGCAAAGGCAGAGAAAACCCCAGCUGCAAAGAAACCUCAAGAUGGAAGCAAAGGAGAGCCUGCAAAGGAGAAAACCUCAGCUCCUGCAAUGGAGAAGGCCCUGGCUGCUGCAGCAGUGCAGGAUGGAGGGAAGAAAACUGCCAAGGCUGGGAAUGGAGGCCAGGAGCCCACGGCUGCCGAGGCGGCUCAGGGUGAAGGGGAGAAGGCGGCAAAGGUGGAGGGGACGGAGGAGCCGCAGCCGCCGAGGGGCUCGGAGCCCCCGCGCCCGGUGCUGCAGCUGAGCCUGAGCUGCCCGGCCGCCUGCCAGAGGGAAGAGCAGCCCUGGGAGGAGGUGGCGGUGAUGGAGAUGAUACCGGAGGAGACCGCGGCGGCGGAGCCCAGAGAGGGUUCGGCAGAGCCUGGCCCCGCCCCGCCAGCCCUGGGGGACCUCCCGGAGUCUCCGGUCCCCGCAGAGACCGCUGGCACAUCACCGGAGAGGACAUUGCCCCGUGCGGGGGGACAGCCCCCGCAUCCUCCUGGGGCCGCGGAGCAGCCUGGCCCUGGGGGACAACCCUCCUCGGGGGUGGCAGAACCCCCUCCCAGCCCCUACCUCACCCCCGAUUUUGGGAAGGAAGACCCCUUCGAGAUCCUGGAUGAUGUCCCUCCACCUCCAGCACCCUUCGCACACCGCAUUGUCACCCUGCGCUCAGACAGUGUCAGCUCCCAGUUCAACCUCAGCUCCAAGGAGAUCCUGGGGGGGGGGAAGUUUGGUGAAGUUCACACGUGCACAGAGAAGCAGACGGGGCUCAAGCUGGCGGCCAAAGUCAUCCGGAAGCAGGGUGCCAAGGACAAGGAGAUGGUGCUGCUGGAGAUCGAUGUGAUGAACCAGCUGAACCACCGCAACCUCAUCCAGCUCUACGAUGCCAUCGAGACGCCGCGGGAGAUCAUCCUCUUCAUGGAGUUCGUGGAGGGCGGUGAGCUCUUCGAGCGGAUCAUUGAUGACGACUACCAGCUGACAGAGGUGGAUUGCAUGGUGUUCGUCCGGCAGAUCUGCGAGGGCAUCCGCUUCAUGCACCACAUGCAUGUCCUCCACCUCGACCUCAAGCCUGAGAACAUCCUCUGUGUUGCUGCCACUGGACACAUGGUGAAAAUCAUCGACUUUGGGCUGGCUCGAAGGUACAACCCCCAGGAGAAGCUGAAAGUGAACUUUGGCACCCCUGAGUUCCUCUCCCCGGAGGUGGUCAACUAUGAGCAGGUCUCCUACUCCACGGACAUGUGGAGCAUGGGGGUCAUCACCUACAUGCUGCUCAGCGGCCUCUCCCCCUUCUUGGGUGACAACGACACCGAGACGCUCAACAACGUCCUGGCUGCCAACUGGUACUUUGAUGAGGAGACCUUCGAGAGCGUCUCUGAGGAGGCCAAGGACUUCGUCUCAAACCUCAUCAUCAAGGAGAAGAGCGCCCGGAUGAGCGCCGGGCAGUGCCUGCAGCACCCCUGGCUCAACAACCUGGCAGAAAAGGCCAAACGCUGCAACCGCCGGCUCAAGUCCCAGGUGCUGCUCAAGAAAUACGUCAUGAGGCGGCGCUGGAAGAAAAACUUCAUCGGGGUGUGUGCUGCCAACCGCUUCAAGAAGAUCACCAGCUCGGGGUCGCUGACGGCACUGGGCGUCUGAGUGCGGUCUCUGGGGGAGCCAGAGCCACGAGGGAGUCAAGGCCAGAGGGGGUCCCUCCUCCAUCCUGCAGUGAGACCCCUCUGGGGCCAAGGGCUGGAGCCCCACAGCCCCCUCCCCACCCAUACUGCUGCCACAUGGUUGCUCUGGACCCCACGCUGCUGCACCCCUGCUCUGUGCCACUGCCACCACUGGUCCUGCAGCGUCCCCUGGGGCUGCUGUGCCCUCCCUGGGCACCCAGGGGCUGCUCAGGGGAUGGAACCCCACUGGGCUCCUCACCCAGAGCUGCUCUGUUGAACUCAUUGCAUCCCUGUGCCCAUCCAGCCAAAGCUCCUGGCUGGGUCUCUCGGACUAUGAGGCCGCUUCUGAGCGGUGGUUCCUGAUCUCAUCCUUGAUCCACAGCACCUCUGCUCCCGCUCCCUUCCCAUGGCCUUGGAGAAGAAGGGUCAGCCCGGUGUGGUCUCAGCUGCCCGGGCCACCCUGCGUGCUUGCUGCUAUCUUGGCCCCGGCCUCAUGCUCUGCCUGUAAAUGCCGCAGCCCUGCCCUGCCUUUUGCUGCCGCUGGCCCCUGACCUGCCCCACCUCCUGUCCCGACCCCGUGGGGAUGCCGCAGGGCAGGCGUGGACCCUCGCCCUGGUG